AUGGAUCUUUUUGCAGUAAUUCUUAUUACUAUCACUGCUGUAACAAUUUGUGGGAUUUGUCUAUUUAUUUUUGUUUGCGCUUUCCAACCAAAAUUUUUACGUAAAUUACAUGGAAAAUCGAAUAGAACAUAUCAAGACACGGAUUCGAAUAUAUCAUCCACUGAAAACGAAGAUCAUUCUAGUAUAAAAAGUCUUGAUUUAGCUCUUGAAUCAAAUGAUUUAGCAAAAGAAAACUCAACCCUACCAAAUGGUCGAGAUAAAAUUGCUUAUUUAAAAGCUUUAGAACGAAGUCUUCGAACGGGACGACGAAUACAAGAUGAUGAAGACAGCGAAGAUAAUAACAAUAUUGAAUCUCAUUCAAAUCUAUUAAAUUGUAUUCGUCACUUUAUUAACAAAUAUGUACGUCGAAGAGCAUCUGAUAUUCCUGAAAAUACAGAAUUAUAA